CGGGACUUCAUACGCAGAACGAACGGCAAAACGUAUGGUUGUGCUCCGAGGAAGCAGUGGCCAUAACUUGUUGUUGACAUGCAGUACGCGCAAAGUUGAUAAGCAAUAAAAAAAAACUAAACCGUACAGUACAAGAAAAUAUGUACAUACAUACAAAUCACAAAUUAAGCAACAACAAAUUCGAAACGUAACCGGCGAAACAACAACAUCAUCAAUAGUUCAAGUGCAUAGGAAAACAAAACAAAUAAACAAACAAAUUCAAACCGCUGUUUAAAUCAAAGUCAAUAGAGCAAAAGCAAAACUCAAAACAAAGAAUAAUUGCUAUCCAGUGUUCCAUAUAAUUUUUAAAUACGAUUGGGCCCAAGCAGCGAAGGAGCAGGCAACAGAAACAACAAACAUGUCCGCGACAAUUGUACAAAAGUCGUCGGCCACAGUUGGCAAUUCUCACUACUUUGAAUGCGGCGACAUUUUUCAAACAGCGAUUGGCGUCGACUCACAGCAACAACAACAGCAAUUGGAGCACAGUCUGGAGGCUAAGGAGCAGCUGCAGCAACAACAGCAGCAGCAGCAGCACCAUCAGCUUCAACUUCAGCAGCAGCAUCAACAGCAUGCAUAUCGUCUCCAUGGUGCUUUGACUCGCACCGUCUCACAGCCAGCGCAGCAGCAGCGCCAACCGCUGCCCGUCCACUUUUCGACAAUUAACGCUCAGGAGCAGCCACAGCCACCACCACAACAGCAGGUUGCCUCAUUGGUGACCAUCAUCGAGAAUCUGGGCAGCAUGAAUCUGCAUCGCAAGUUGGAGCGCACGCAGUCGGAACCAUUGCCACAGCAGCCGAUGAACACUUCUCGCUACAAGACGGAAUUGUGUCGCCCCUAUGAGGAGGCCGGCGAGUGUAAAUAUGGGGAGAAGUGCCAGUUCGCUCACGGAUAUCAUGAGUUGCGGAACUUGCAGAGGCAUCCAAAGUACAAAACUGAAUAUUGCCGUACAUUCCACAGCGUUGGCUUCUGUCCUUAUGGGCCGCGCUGCCACUUCGUCCACAAUGCGGAUGAGGCGCGUGCGUUGCAACAACAACAACAGCAGCAGCAGCAGCAACAACAGAAGCAACAACAACAGCAGCAAUCGACUAACUUUAACCUCAACACAGUCAAUAACAACAACAACAACAGCAGCAGCAACCACAACAAUAAUACCAACAGCAACAAUAAGCAGCACAACAAUAACAACAACAAUAGUCAACAGCCUGUGACCGCCAUUAGCCAAUACUUCCUUCCGCUCAGUCCACCACUGAGCAUGUCGACUGGUUCUGACCGUGAAUCACCCACUGGUUCCUUGUCCCUCAGUCCUACCAACUCAUUGACCAAUUUCCCCUUCAAUGAUGCCAUGCAACAGCAGCAGCAGCAACAACAACAGCAACAGCAGCAUGUACGCGGUGGCGGUUAUAUGAGUCUGGCCGGCGCCACGCCUCCCGAGAGUCCUAAUGCACCCAUAUCGCCGGUGAACACGCCACCUCCAUAUAAUAGCAAGCCUCUGGAGUUUGCUUCGCUGUCGACGGCCACAUUAGUCUCAGCAGCCGUCGCCACCGCGACACCGUCUCCUUGGCCCGGUGCAAGCACGCCAUUGGCAUCGUCGAUCUCAUCGACUUUAUCGGUAUCGACAUCGAUAUCGACACUCUCUUCGUUAGCUUCGUCGUCUUCCAAGUCUUCCAGUGAUAAUAAGCAAAUGCUUCAAAAAAGUUCCAGCACACCCUGUGACUGCAACCAUGUGACCAUUGGACACGUUGGCGCUGUCCCAACGGUUCCGGUUCCAGUGGGGGUUCCAGUCGCUGUCGAGGACGCGCCCCGUCUGCCCGUCUUCAAUCGACUGAGCUCAACAAUGGAUGCUUAUCAGCAGCAAUAAAACAAUUUCGGACUGUAAACAACAACUUAACAUUACAGCAACAGAGCAGCUUCAACAAACAACAUUAACGAGUAAAACAACAAAAACACAACGCACAAAUUUGAUAAAAUCUCAAUCUACUACUACAGCAACGACAACAAAAAUCAUUGACUACACCAACAAAAAAGAAUAAGAAAUGAAAUGUAACACAUGCAACAAAUGUUGGCAUGCUGCCUUCCCUGCUUAGCCAAGACACAUACCGCACUGUUAAACAACAUACACUAUCACUACUAUUGUUGCUGCUCCUGCUUAGCUAAGCCACAAACCCAGAGAAUAUUGAGUGGCAGCACUAUUUCAAUUUCAUUAUUUGUUACGUUUUUUAUUUGAUUUGAUUUUCUUUACUUUAAUUUUUUUUAUUAUCACCACCAGCUUGCUCAAAUUACUUCUUUAGUUUCCUUAGUUAAUUUCUAUUUAAUUUAUUUGAUUCUGAAAUUGUUUUUAAAUUCAUUAUUUGUUCAUUAUUAUUUAAAGAUGAUGAUGG